AUGAUGCUUGUCAACAGUCAAGCAACGGACGUAGAUGUGAAGCUGGUGGCACCCAGUUGGGUGGCACGAGGCGGUUCAGCGAAGCUACGAUGCCUCCACCAGGUCCCGCCGCAGUUACUCUACAAAGUUGAGUUUCUGCGCUCCGGGGCAAAGAUCCUGCAAUAUGUCCGAGAGCGGGUACCACCUUACACCAAUUACACCUUUCAAGGAGGAAAGGUUAAUAUGUCUCUCGUAACGGAAAACUCCAUCACCUUGGAAAAUUUGGAUCCUACUGCAUCAGGGCUGUAUUGGUGCGAGGUGUCAUUGGAGACGCCUAUUUUCACGGCAGCUUCACCUCCUCAUCAACUAACGGUUGUCUAUUCUCAAAAGCACCCGCCAAUAAUAACUUUCGGAAAGCCUGAUGUUGUGGUUGGAGGAUUACUUCGAGCGAACUGUACUAGCGCCCCGGCUGCCCCCGCGCCCAAACUCAUCUGGUACAUUGAUAAUGAAAAGGUGCCCGAAGACUCAAUUAAGUACUUCUCAUACCGCGUGUCAAGUUCCACCAGGACAAAAGGAGGGGGGGAACCGACACCGGAAGUACCAGCAUCGAUACAUAGCACCGGAGUUCAACUACACGGCAAAAUACUGGGCGACGGCCAUGAGGAAGUCGCGAAGAUUGAAAAGCCACGAGAAUUAGCUCCUCCACCUAUAUCCUUAUGGGUGUCCAUUGCUGAGUUACGGACUCCAGCCCAUGGGCGUUUGCAAUUGACAUGUACAGCGACCAUACCCGAAGAAGUGGGACCAGGCGAACGUUUCGCGGAUAUUAAGAAGCAGACUGUCACUGUUGCAGUGAACGAGCUGACUUUGAAGAAACCUCAAUCGGAUACAAGUGUCGCAAACGGUACGGCAACCACGCUUCACAAUUUCACCCCGAUUUGGCUUAUUGGUUACAGUUUCCUUAUCCAAGAGCUUAGAAUAACCCUAGUGUAA